UUUCACGGAAAGUUUGAUCAUGGCGCGCUCGUCGGAGUCUCGAGCGGUGAGUUUCCGGCAGCUGAAGUCGAACGAAGAUUCUUUCGAACUGUUUUGGGAAGAUGAGGAGGACAAAAAGCCAAAACGAAAUUUUUUUGAUGAUGAUGACUCAUCGUUCAGCUGGAUCAGUUCAGAGGAAGUGGCUGACUUGAGGAAGCAGCAUCGUCGUUUAACGAGUAACAAUGAUGACGAUGAUGAUGAUGAUGAGCCACUUGGAGAAGCAUGGGGUGGUGUAGAGUACAGUUUGAAUCCAGGAUCAAAGCCCCGCUCAAAGUCAGCUGCUCAAUCUGUGCGAGUUCACCCACUGUCCUCAGCCACUUCUAGUAAUCAGAAUUCCAGUAAACAAAGUUUGUCUUUUGAAGGUACAAAAUCUCAAACUCCACCAAAAAGGCCGCCAGCUCCAUCUACACAGCGAGUUAUAACCACCUCAUCAUCCUCUGUAACUACAGUGUCUUCAUCAUCCUCAUCAAUGUCGCUGCCAGCAGCAACUGUGAGAAACCAGACCUCUAAAGUAACAACCACCCAAGCUGCCUUACACAGUGUGUCAUCAUCAAUAAAAGAUGUCAUAAGCAAUUCCCCUCAGGUCUCAGUCAUGGAAUAUAAAAGACUUGAAGCUGAAGUUAUUCAGCUGAAGAAAAAUCUGCAGGCAGCGCAAAGAGAAAAAACAGCACUGCCUUCAGUUCAAGAGACUGUUAGAAGAAUUAUUUGUGGGGAGUCCUAUAACCUUGGGGUUUAUAAGUCACUAAAAGACAAAUUGGACCUCUUGGACCAUGCCAUAAAAAUGCACGAUGGAAAUGCCAUAAUGGCUGCGGUCUUGUUCUUAAGGAAGUCGGUAAAACAACGAAUCCUUCAUAAUGAGUUGACGACGCGUCCCAAAGCUGUACACCACUUGAGCAAAUACCUGAGUGAACAUUAUGAUUACACUGAACUCACGGAGUUGUACCAUUCUGUUGGUAGAUACGAAGAUGCAGCAAUGCUUCAAUUUAAACAAGCCAUUAAAACAAAAGACGCUGGUGUUAGGUUAACAAAGCUUAAACAAAUUCUCAGGCACUAUUUUGAAGGUCAUCUUGAACUGGCCGAACAAACGACUUAUCUGACAGAAUAUAUUGAUUUAAUAGAGCAACAAUUAAGUAUUGAGGACGCAGAUUCUCGUGCAGAGCGUGAAAGAAAGAAUCAAGCUAUGGUAACACACCCGAGACAAGCUCCGUUGCCGCUGUGCUCAGUAAUUGUGACACUGUACUACUGCUGUCGAUAUCACUAUGGAGAACCUGAGAGUGUCUUCACCAGUCCUUUGGCUAUUCGCGCUAGAUUUCAGCUAUCCGAUAAGCAGUAUGAAUGGACAGCGUUAUCUUCCCGAGCUAAGAUCAAACAAUGGAAAGGACUGGAACAGAUGUUUACAGCAAAAGGAUGGUUAGGUAAAGUUAAAAUGAAAUCAGCGAUAGGAUUCACUCAAGUUGUCGAUUUACUUCAUCAACACGGUGCCUCUGAACAGGUGUUGAACACUUACCUAAAGUUAAUUGACGACCUUAACCAACGGCUUUCAUCGGCGACGAAAACAAAAUGCCAUAGUGCAGCUAUUGAGACCUUAGUUGCCAUGAAGGAUCGCCAACAGCUUGAAAAAUACAGAAAACAGCUGAAAGGGACCGCGCGCGAGCAAGCCAUAAUCACAGAAUACCUCAGCAACUCGCAACUCCGAUGGAAAAACUGAAGUUCAAGAAAUCGAUUCAGGAAAACUGAUUGUUAAUUUUUUUAAAAUUUUUUUUAAUUUAAUUUUUUUUUAAACUUUUUCCAGGUAUUCAGUGAGUAAAACGGUAAAAUAGUAGCAGCUAGGGGGAAUGAAAAAGCGAGGGAGGUCUGGGUCGGGUCGGGAACUCGAUCCCACCUCCUUCGCUUUUCGCGCGGCUGCUUCUUUUUCGCCGUCUUACAAACUGAAUGCCUGUGAAAAGCUAUCUAUAUAUGAGAUUGAUAUCAAAUAUUAGAAUCACAUAUGUGUAGAGAAGUCGUUGCUGGUUAUGACCGUUCAACGGUAGCAACACGUCAUGUUACAAAUUAAAAAACUGGUCGUUUUUUUUGUUAUAAA